GCAGAGAAUGACACCUUGAAAUGCAUUAGGACCUUGAAGAAACUGGCGUAUUACUUAAUUAUGAGAGGAGCCGGUAUCGACCAAUAACAUGAGUUGGUGUUGGGGAUGUGCUAAUGAAAAAUAUCUGUUCCACUGAACUGACGCUGUUUCGAUUUCAGUAGUUACCAACGUUGUCCUGAGCGAGACCAAUCGGUAUUUCCAUGCGUCUGGAUUGGUCGGCUGGCGCGUUUCUCGAGUUAUGGGCGCAUUACAGUCAUUAUCUGAUGAACCCGAAUACAGAGAAUUGGCAGAGAAGACGGGUUUUUCCUUUGAGCAAAUUGGAAUCCUGCACAAAAGAUUCAAGCAGUUGAGCCACAAUGAAGACAUGCUGAGGAGAGCUGACCUCGACACAAUUCCAGACCUGGCAUGCAAUCCAAUCCGCAUCCAAAUUAUAGAGGCCUUCUUUGACAAAAGAAACUUCCAUCAGAAUGGUGACGGGACGGUCGAGGAGAUCAGCUUUGAGGAGUUCCUUGUGGUGAUGUCCCACUUCAGACCUCCAGCACUGAACAUGACAGAGGAACAGAGAGAGAAGGUCAGGAGGGAGAAACUCCGCUUCCUGUUUAAUAUGCACGACACAGACAACGAUGGAACAAUCACUCUGGAGGAGUAUCGACAUGUAGUGGAGGAGCUGCUGUCUCGGAGCGGAGCCCUGGGAAAGGAAACGGCUAAAGGAAUAGCAGAUGCUGCCAUGCUGGAGGUAGCCAGUAUUUCCAUGGGUCACAUGGAACCAGAUGAGUUUUACGAGGGGAUCACUUUUGAACAUUUUCUGAAGAUACUGAAAGAUAUCGAGAUCGAGACGAGAAUGAACAUUCGCUUUUUGAAUAUGGACACGAUGACCCUGUGCAAGUGAGGAUCUUCCACUUUUUUUUAUUACUAUGAUGCACAAGCACUCUUCUAUGGUCUUUUUUAUUUAGUGGCCAGUUAGGGCAUACUUUACCUUCUCUGACCAACUAUUACAAAGCUCUGUUUAAUAGUUUUGGGUGACGGUUUAAGCUUCUACUAUCUAGUAGCCUCUAACACACACUUUAUGUUUUUACAAAUGUAUUGGAUAAAACAAUAUAUAUGUGCAACUAUGCAAAUAUACACAGGUUAGCAGUAGGUAUGUUAUGAAUUUAGCAUGCCUGUAUCUAUCACUCCAUAUUUUAUUCAAGAGUAUUCACAAUGCUCUAAAUGCCAUGAAUCAAUAAUAAAUUCAAUAAUAAUGCAAUCCAGUAAUAACAAUGUAAUAAGCCAGUAAUAAAGCGAUAGCCAAUUAUGCAGCUCCAUGAUUGAAGUGAAUGCAAUUUACCUCCUAGUAUAUCUAGGGCACUGUGUGGAAUAGGCUACAAACAUUUGCACAUCUCUUCUAUACCACCAUCACACCUAAACUGUUUUGCUGCCACUGCCAUCAGUUUGGAAUCAAAACAGGUUAGAAUUUCCAUGUACAUUAAAAAGUCACUGACCAAUAGAAACAAAGUACAACUGACCAGCCUAGCAGUAUAGCAUACUGCACAUUUCCUAUGGCAAGACCCUCCUCAUAUUGAGAUGGUAGUUUCAAGUAAAAUGUGCAUCAGACUUGUGCAAAUGUUUUAAGAAUCAAGCCCAUAUUACCAAGCAUUUGUUGACUGUUAGAAAUAGGAACAAUGAUAUGCAACUUGUCUGUGCUGCCCUCUAGAGACCAAAGAAUGUGAAAUAUAUCUCAUUCCCACAUUUAAUCAUCUCUAUACUACCUAUUUUAUUUUUUUAAAUUUGUACAAUUGUGUGACUUCCAUCAAGAUAAAUAUUUGAUUAUUGUUCUUCAUCUACACUUAAAUGACUAAAUCACAGGAGGUUGGUGGCACCUCAUUCUAAUGACUGGAGUGAACAGUUGGAAUGACAUCAAACACAUGGUUUCCAGGUGUUUGAUGUCAUUCCAUUUGCUCCAUUCCUGCCAUUUAUUAUGAGCCGUUCUCCCCUCAGCAGCCUCCUGUGGACUAAAUGGCAUGCAUUCAUUGAAUUAAUUUGGCCUUAAUCAGUUGCAGAUAAAAUGUAUUUUAAGUAGGCACCAGCAAAUACUGCAGCCUGCCGAUAUCUUGAUUGCAUCUACAGAUUGUAGCAUGUCUUGGUCUUUGAAUAUCCAUACACACUGUAUAUUUGUACUGUAAAAUACAAUAUUUUCAUUCCGAUUUGGGAUGUUAUUGUAGCAAGGAAUAAUGUAAAUGAUGUGGCCUUCUCUUUUUAUUGAGAACAUUAAAAUAGGAAACCGCUCACCAAAAGUGUAUAAUGUUUGAAUGAUUAUGUACUGUAGGAAUUGGAUUGUGUUUAGUUUGCUUUUAAGAAAAUAAUUGUAUUAUCAGACAGCCUUGGAGAGGGAUCUAUAAUGAAACUUGAAUUUGCUUUGAGCUUAAUCAAAUCAAGUGGGGGCAGCACAUAGCCUAGGGGUUAGAGGCGUGAGCCAGCAACCGGAGGGUUGUGUGUGUGUGUGUGUGUUUCCGCUUUGGGCUGAAUGUGUCAAUGUUUUGUUCAUAUGAAAUCCCUAGUUUGAAAUCAACUGUUUUUCUGGAAGCU